CGCUCACAUGAAUGGACGUGUUGGAUGUGUUCUAGCCAGUGACAGCCAACCAGACACACGUGAGACACACACGCGCAGGCAGACGAACGAACGAAUCAACCGAGGCGGCCACGCAAUACACGCAAUCAGCCAGAACACACAGACACAGACACAGGUUAGACACACAUGGACACAUGCAGGCAUGCAGGUGGUAUGUGGUGGUGGUGGGUCACAAUGGCACGGCACUCACUCAUGGAUUCAGACAAGUGCGAAAAAGGCACUCAACUUAUAGAUAGCGAUGUGGUGGUGUUAAUAUACGUGUGUGUGCGUGUGUGUAUGUGUUGGUGUGGUCCUCUAAACAGAUCCCCCCGCCCCCCCGCCCGCAGCACCCGCCCCACGUAUGUGUGCCCUCGUCGAAUUGACUGCUGCCUGCUAAACGUGGGGUGAGUGCAUGAAGUGCACCAUGGCUGGCGCGUUAAAAAAGCUGCGUACCUUUGUAGCAUUGCCCCCGCUGGCUCGAUGACGCAUCAAUCAGAUGAAAAACACACAGCCCGAUGGACGGAUGAUGGGGGUGUGCCUGUGUGCAUGGGGUGUUCUGGCCGCCCGGCUGUGCACAGCACUCCACACACACAUACAUAUCGGCGUGUACACGCACGCAUUAGGUGUACGCGGCCAUAUACAGAGGUGUGUGCGUAUGUGCGGAAAAAGAGUGCCCCGCCAUUUGGUUCUGUGGGUGCGUACGUGCGUGCGGCCAUGCACCCACACACACACACAGAUGGCGAGACGUGGUUUGUGCAAUCGGCUAGCUGACUCACCCACCUACCUCACCCGAACAGCACACCCCAGCACCCAUCCAUCCAUCCAUCCAGUUGUCCGCUUAAUCCACACACACGUGCGUGUGCGCACACACAUUAUGCACACACACACGGCGAAUGAAGACGUUACGAAUCGAUACAUGCCGACAUACAUGGCCACUGACUGCCUCUCCCCCUCGCUCUCACACAGACGCUCCUGGACUGCAUGACGCCCCGCCGCCCCGAUCAGCAACGCCCCUUUGGUUGUGUUACUUGGUUUGUUUCCCGAGCCCCCGACCGCCAGUAAUAGACUUCGCCCCGCCCCGCCCCCUCCCCUCCCCGUGUGUAUGUCGUGUGUGCACCAUACACGUCCGGAUACGUUAUACAGAGUAAUCUCCCCUGUCUGUGUGCAAAUAUGCAGUCAAUCAGUCAGUGAGUCGGUGCGAACAGACGGACACACACACACAUCUGCGCUGAUACAUACACACACACAUGUCGGUGCACACACACACACACACAGACAACCCCACACAUCACUCCAUCACUCAGUCUUCAUAAUGGUCAGGGGCAGCUUCCUUCAACGCUGCACACACACACACACACACACACAUCCAUCCAUCUCAGUACGUGUGUGUGUUGCCGCGUAUGUACUUUGCACACUGAUGCCCAUUUCGGCCAUCUGCAGCUUGACCAGCGGCGAAGUCGUCAUAUCGUCAGACGACUUGCGCGUCUGCGUCACGGGCGUCAGGGGAGAGGUGGUCUCCCUCUCCAGCGGCGUGUGUAGGGGCACAUCUGCACACACACACAUCCGCUCAUCCAUGUGUGUGUGUGUGUCUGUGUGUGGUGGUGGGCCAGCUUACGUGAGACAUUGACAGGUGAGUAGCAGACGGCCGGGAGGGGCAGCAUGGGCACCGUCAGGGACACCUUGGGGCUGGUCGGGACAACAUACGCUACCUGAAAACACACACACAGGGACCAACGCACACAUGAUUCGCCCAUCCGUCUAUCGUCCCAUGUGUGUGUCUAUGGCUUACACUCAUGGGGCUGGCUACUCUGACGGCCGGCACAGGUGUGCCGGUGAGGGGCUGCACGGCGCUCGCCGGCAGCAUAGCGAUGUCGGGGUGGGACGACGCACGAGACCUGAGGCAUCACACACAACAAAUGCAUUAUGUCCUCACGUGUGCGCGAGUGUGUGUGCCGUGUUUGCCGAACCGUCUGCAGCAUGUCGACUCUGGGGAGGGGGUGGCUGUCGACGAAAAUGAACCUGCAACACCAUACACAACCAGAAAGAGGCGAUGAUAGACACACACACAUCCGUACACACGUGUGCACAGAUGUGUGUACUUACCCUUUUUGACGAGCACGCCGCCCGUAACGGGGUUGACUGCGAUAGGGGAGGCCGACGAGUCGGAGGAAUGCAGCUGAGUCUGCGGUAGCUGACCACAACGGCCAAGGCAGGCCCACACGCGCAUGGUGAAUCAAUCGCCUGUGUGUGCAUAUAUCGGUGUGGUGUGUGUCACCGUACCAUUCUGGACUCCAGUAUGAGUUCCUUGAGGGGUCUCUUCUCCGCCAACGCGCGCUUCUCCAACUCAGUGCGGCGAUACCUGUUGGCACACACACACAAAUUCAGUCAAUGCGUGUGCUCAGAGGGAUGGAUUGAUGGGUGGAUGGAUGUGUGAUUGCGUACGUACCUCCUGUCUCGCACUUCGUGGAGUCCGUGUGCGUGUCUGCAGCGAUCGCCCAACGUGCAGAUGCCCUGCUUCCAGAACUUGCACAAAUCUGAAUGAAUGAAUGACCACAUACACACAUACAGACACACACAUGGUGUCCAAGACGCCUCUGAGUUGUGUGUGUGGACGUGACGCACCUGUUUUGUAGUAGUCCUCCGUGCUGUGUAGGUCCUCCUCGCCGUGCGCAAACGGACAGGCGGAGGCAGGCAGCGGACACACACCCUGGGCAGCACAAGACGCGAUGUCCAUCCAUGCAUCCAUCCAUCCAUCCAUUUGUGUGUGUGAGUGUGUGUGUGUGUGUGUCCAUCCAUCCAUCCAUGUGUGUGUGUACGUACCUCUCUCCACCUCUCGCACAGCCGCGUCUUGCGCAGAGAGGGGGACGGUCGCAACUCAGCUGACAACCAUACCAACACACACACGACGGAAGCACGUUGAUCCACCCACUCCACCCAGCAUCUGUGAGUGGGUGCGUACCUUUCGAGUGCGCGUAGUUGCACUCGUUGCCGCGUCUGCAUCGACCGCGGGGGAAGUACGGACACAUCUUGGUCUGACCACACACACAACCAGACAGAGAGAGAGAGAGAGAGAUGGGAUGGGUCUCAUCGUGCCACACUGUGUGUGUGUGGAUCGUGUCGCGGCACCCACCGUCGUCACUCACCUUAUAGAACUGGUCUUUGGCCUCGCGCUUGGGCAGGACGGGGUAGGUGGGAGUCGGGAGGAGAGGCUGACAGAGAAAGGACACAGAGAGGGGACAGGACACACCGAGCGAGACCAUCCAUUCCCCGCACCCAUGUGCUUGCUCUCUCCACCCACCCCUCCUCCAUGUGUGUGUCGUCCUCCUCAGCGUACCUUCCUCACUCCCUCGUCAAUCUCCCUCUCCGGCCCGCUGGCCGUCGCCGCCGUCGGAAGCGGCAGAUGGUGCUGCUGCGGGUGGUGGAGCUGCGGAUGCUGCGGGUGCGCAUCCGCAGCAGCAGGUCCCUGAAUCGACGGCUGGAUGCACAUGAUCCUCGCGCCAACAAUCACUCAACAAGGCUACCAACACGCGCAGCGAUGAGUCAGCACGGCGUGGCUAUCCGUCUCAAGGGGAUGAAAGCGGAGCCGAUGGUAGGUCCCAGGACAGGUGUCUUGGCUUCUGUCGUGCGUUCGCACGCUCCUCUGCUCUCUUUGAGAUUUCCCAAAGUAUCAG